AUACAUCGACGUCCCUCAAGGACACAUUCAUGGACUUGAUCCUGGCCUUUGAAACAUUUUGAGCAGUUGGUAGGUCUUCAUCGUCUUCCUGAAUGAUGUCUCGCUCUCUUCUCCAAUAAGGACAUCUCCGUUCUCCUCAACUUGGGGUGCCUCCUCGUCAGAGUCGGACUCGAUCUCAGCAACACCCUUUUGAGCCUUUCCUUUCCAAUAUCAUGCAGCGGGACGUGCAAGUCGUGGGGCUUGUUUACGGGGAACAGAAGGCAUGAUGUUGGACGGAGGACUGAGCGCGUUGUUUGUUUCAAAGGCUGCCAGUAUAGUAACCAACAGUGCCGCAGUUUCGUUCUCAAGAGUACAUCCGUCCCAGUAAAUUAUGGCAUCAUCGUCUUCCCAGCCUUCCAGGCGCUCGAUGUCUUUGGUCCCCUUGACGCCCUAAAUAUGCUCUCCUUUGCAUACUCACCCAACCUCUCCAUCAUUGCCGAAACCCUUGACCCCGUCAUCACUGAGCCGCAGUCCAAGGUGAUGAACACCAUGAAUUCCAACUUCUCUGAAUUCAUCGUACCCACCCAUACCUACGACUCUCUGCCGGAAUCGCUUGAUGUGCUCAUCGUACCGGGGGGUCUUGGCACUCGCGCGACAAAUCUCAAUGCCACCAUCGAUUUUAUUGCUGCUACCUACCCAUCUCUGUAAUAUCUGAAUCAUGGUUUGUACUGGAGCGACCCUUGCGGACAGAGCUGGUGUACUCGAUGGGCAGAAUGUUACUACCAAUAUAAAGUCAUGCGAGUAGGCGACGUCGCAAGAGCCCAACAUUCACUGGAUCACACAUGCUCGAUGGGUGGUUGAUUGCAAUAUCUACACUACAUCCGACGUCAGUGCAGGUAUUGACGGGACGCUUGCUUUCACGAAGGCCGUAUAUGAUGCCAACGCAACGGAAACUGUCGCCAAUUCCAUGGAAUAUGCGAUGGAGACUAAUUCUAGCUGGGACCCUUGUGCAGAAUUAUACGGUUUGUAAGAAAAUGUUACUACAUACUUAUACAUCUGUGAAAAGAGUCGCUAGCUAAUCUACACGAAGGAAUUCUCAUACCAUCAAAGCCCUCUUGCAUCUCUGUGAAG